AUGGGCACCGUGCUGUCGCUCUCUCCCGGCGGCGGGGGGAAAGCCAGCCUGCCCGAGGAGGGCUCAACCAGCUCGCUGGCCCACUACCCCGGUCUGCCCAGCGCCAAAGGCGGCGGGCAGAAGGCUGACAAGACCCUGAAGCGGCCCUCCAUGUUCAUCCCAGCCCUGACCUGGAAGCGGCUGGUGGCCUCCACCAAGAAGCGGGGUGCCCGGGCCAAGGGCUCGGCCCUCCCCAGCAAGAACUACCCACUGGGCAAGGAGGUGGCCCACCUCAACCACGAGAAUGCUCAGAAGUCCCUCUCCUGCGCCAACCUCUCUGGCUACGAGGACGGCGGGCAGCCCCUGGCCCCCCUCGGCACCAAGGGCCCCUCCGCCGCUGCCGGCUCAGCCGCUGCCUUGCUGAAGCCCGGCCUGGGGGGCACCACCACUGCCGCCUCCCCCCGGCGGGUGAUUGUCCAGGCCUCCACCAGCGAGCUGCUGAAGUGCCUGGGCGAGUUCCUGUGCCGGCGCUGCUACCGCCUGAAGCAGCUCUCACCCACCGAGCCCAUCCUGUGGCUGCGCAGUGUGGACCGCUCCCUGCUGCUGCAGGGCUGGCAGGACCAGGCCUUCGUCACGCCCGCCAACGUGGUCUUCGUCUACCUGCUGUGCCGGGAGAUGAUCGACGGGGACCUGGUGGCCAGCGAGCAGGAGCUCCAGGCGGCCCUGCUCACCUGCCUCUACCUGUCCUACUCCUACAUGGGCAACGAGAUCUCCUACCCACUGAAGCCCUUCCUGGUGGAGGCCUCCAAGGACGUCUUCUGGAACCGCUGCCUGCGCAUCAUCAACGCCAUGAGCGCCAGGAUGCUCCGGAUCAACGCAGACCCACACUACUUUACUCAGGUCUUUGCGGACCUCAAAAACGAAGGCAACGCCGCCCCCGAGGACUUUGCCCGCGUCUUGGACCGGUGA